AUGGCUGCUCCCCGUGCUUCCUCCUUUAAAGCUCUACGCAACCUUCAGAGGUCAAGCGGAUCAACCCCGGCCAAACGGAGUCUCCAUAUCACCGGAGUCCAUGCCUCCCCGCGACCCAUCGAUCCUACCCACAAGAUGACCUAUAUGCCUUGGAGUUUGCAAGACCUUCGUCAAGAAUGCCAGAAGCGAACCCUCUCGGCAUCGGGUACCAAGCAUGAACUGAUUGACCGAUUGGCGGGUCACGAUAGCCUGCAGGCAAGAGCCUUCUCGAUUGCGAUGAAGAGGAUUGCCAUUGAACAGACCAAGAAGCCUGUUUCUGGCCCGUCUGAAACCGGUCCCCAGAGACACUUCAACACCUCGCGCAAGUUGAAGGCAGUCAAUGAUUCCUCCACUAUCGACUUUGCUUACCUUCCCAGACUGUUCGAGGACUCUCAUGGCCCCGAACCCGCCACGAUUCGAGUGCCCAUCUUGCCUGACAUCAAUUCCGAAUAUGCCGAAGCAGUUUUGGAGAAAUAUCCUGAGCUUGACUCAGCUGCCGGUGGGUAUCAAGACACACCAGGCCAUGAAACUAUCAUGAAGCCCCAAAUCUCCACGGUGAAUGAUGUAUUGGGCAGUCCGGCGAGUGCCAUGAGUGAUGUGCAUGACGGUCACCACGAGACAGAAAUGUCAGUCGAGAUGCUCACUGGAUUAACUGACACCGUGGGCAAGAGUGCACGGAAAUUCGUUAAGGACAAGGAUGAAGAAACUAUUCGCCAAAUUUGGACUGGGUUUCUCGAUGAUCUGUUUGGCGGCCCACAGAAGGGGGCCAAGGCAUGA